AUGAUCAGUGGCAACCAGGCUUGGAAGGUGAAGGACAUUGCCUCCACAACACCAAUGCACACGAAUCUCUGCUCUGCAGAGUGCGACAUGGUCUCGUUGAUCCACGACAUGAAGAGCACACCGCAACCGGUUUCGGCAAACAGAAGGUACCAACCGGUGAAGAGAGCGGCAUGGUUGUUCUCAGGCCAAGCAGUCAGAAUGAUGCAUCCAAUCACAGCGACGGUACAGAAGAUCGCAAUCAAUGGCCAACGUUUGCCAAUGAUGUCUGAAGUCCAAGUCAUAAUGAUUCUUGAUAGCAACAACGUGACAGAUGAAAGCAGCAGAGAAGAACCACACUGGCCACGACAAAACGAGAGAUGCCAUGGCCGUCCAGGUGAACUUCUUGCGAGGUUGACGUUUGACGGCUGCCAAGUUAUCAAUAACAAGCUUUCUUUCGUCCGGCUUGAGCCACCAGGACUUGGAAUCGUGCGGAGCGUCAGGAAUAGCAAAAUAUCCAUAGAUAGCGACAGGAAUGGUGAUAAUACCAUCAAAGAUGAAUAA